AGCAUGAGGUCAGCCUGGACAGAGAGGUGCAGCUGGAGAGAGGAUUCCUUAUAUGGGGAUUCAAGAAGGACCCUACAGAUUUUGAGUGGAGUUUUUGGAAUGAGUGGGCAUGGCAAUCUCUUUUGUGGUCUUUGAUUGGCCAUGCUGUGGUCUCUAGAUUGGCAGAUAAUUUUUUGCCUCAGUUCCGACUGGCAGUCAUAACGGUGUAUGGCUUCCUCUCAGCUGGGUGGCUUCUCGGCGUGCGAGGCUUGAGUGUCUUGAUGUUGCAUCUGAGCAUCUCAUUGGUGGUUGCUCAGCUACGUAGCCCCAUCCUCUCAUGGUUUUGCUCCCUCCUGCUACUCUCCACACUCAAUAUCACUGCCCUCCAGGAUUUACAGCGUGGUUUGUACACUUCUGAAGACCAGUACUACCUCUUGCUCUUUAGUACUGCUGUUUGUAGCUUGCGCUGCAUUAGCUUCAGUCUGGAGCUGUGCUGGCACCCACUGCAGGCCGGAGGACCAAACCACUGCUCCCAUCUAGAGGAAAAACGACUGAAGACUCUGAUUUUUCAGUUCUACAAGCUCACUGCCUACUGUUUCUAUCACCCCCUGUUUUACAAUGGACCCAUUGUGACCUACAGAGACUUCAGUGAACAGAUAGAGAGGCCAGUGUGUAAAGUCUCUGUGGUGUAUGUGCUGAGUGGAAUACUGCGUGUGUGUGUCUGGUGGUGUUUAGCCGAAUUCAUGAUCCACUUCAUGUACAUGCACGCCAUCCAGAGCCACGAAACCUACCUGGAGAUGCUGCCGCCCUGGGCACUGGGUGGUUUGGCUCUUGCGUUGGUCCAGUUUUUUUACAUAAAGUACCUGGUCUUGUUUGGAGCGGUGUCUCUGUUUGUCAGACUGGAUGGACUGGAGCCGCCAAAGUUACCACGCUGUGUCAGCAUCAUGUACAGCUUCACUGGGAUGUGGAGACACUUUGACGUGGGGCUUUACAAAUGGCUCAUCAGGUACAUAUAUGUGCCGCUGGGGGGCUCUCAUCACGGUGUGUUCCGGAAACUCGUCUCCACUGCGCUGGCCUUUGGGUUUGUGUGUUUCUGGCAUGGUUGCCAUGACUACCUGCAGUACUGGGCCGUGCUAAACUGGGUUGGGGUGUUGGUGGAAAACGGCCUCGCACUCCUCUUUUCCUCUCGUCCAUUUCAUUACGUUAUUGUGCGUUGCCUGUCACCUCGGAUGCAGAGGCGUGGCCUAGCGCUUAUCUCCGCCCUCUCCACUGCUUUUCUGAUUCUGUCCAAUCUGUUUUUUCUGGGUGGGAUCCAUGUGGGCAGAAUCUUCUGGAAGAGGGUGUUUGUCGAAGGCUGGUCAUCUGUGGCCGUUCCAAUGGUUGCUUUUCUCUAUUGCUUUGCUCAAGUUGGUCUUGAGUGGGACAUGAGAUGACAACGCCCCUCAGAGCAGAAUCAUGGGAAGGCAAAGUUUCUCACAAAAAAACACUUCAGUAUUUCCAAUAGUUCGGACCAAUCACAAUGUGCACAGCCAGCAUUCCUAUCAGCUCUUUCAAUAUCACGUGUUUGUAUAGUAGCAAUGCUGUAUUUGACCAGCGUGUGUGUGGAAAUGAAAUGAUGUGAGUGCUCCAGGUGUGUGUUUGAUGGUUAAUCCUGUCGCUGCUUUAUUUAUGAGUUUGUCUGAACACUGAUGGUGACACAUGUCUCUGAUCAGCAGCCAGGAUACAGCCUGACCAUUGCUCUCUCUCUCUCUCUCUCUCUCUCUCUCUCCCUCGUCCCUCCAUCUGUGUAGAUUUCCUUCCUCUUGUUCAUUUUGUCCCUCUGAUCUUUCUUGUCCUGAUCUCUCCUUUUCAUGUUGUUAUCCAUCAUUCUCUCAUUCUCCUUGUGUGUACCUGCUUCGGUCUUCUUACUAACAGCUCAAGCUGCUGGAUGUGGUUAAUUAGAUCAGUGAUCUGCUAGCCUGGAGUUUCUCCUUUAUUAGAGAGAGCUCGACAUGUGUGUGUUUCAGUGUUAGGGGGAUUACACUUUAAAGAGCUUUAUCUCUGCAGCGUACCUUUAUCAGCAUCAGAUUAAUCACUCAUAAUCCCUUCACAAAAAUCUCUCUCUCUUCAUUUCAAUUUUAGUGUUCUUUAUUGGCAGGAUAAAACUGUAUAUUUGUAGUACCAUAUAAAGAAUCAAAACAGCCAUACUGUCAUUGCAGCAUAAAAGCAAUGAGAAUUUUUAAGAAAAGUAAAAUAGGAUGAAAAGAAAAGUAGAUCUGAAUUAAAUAUAAAAAGAUGUAUUAUUAAAAUAAUUAAAGGGACACACUUUGUAAUAUCAGUUUGCUAUGAUUGCGGUCUCUUUCUCCAUCUCUUCUCUGUGAUAUGAUGAUAUUUUAGUAAAUGGUUAUGGAAGAGGUCAUGCUUGGCCUGCCCUUUCUGUGAGUCAUACUGAAAUUACUGACAUCACAUUUUACACAGGUCCGUGUGUGUGUGUGUGUGUUACUCAACACAGGUCACUCUGCUAUUAAUGAAUGGUAAUUAGUAUGUAGCAUUACCGUCUUCAAAGUGUACAUAAUUGCACAGUUCAAAAUGUUCUCUCUCCUUAAAGUAAGCAUGAAUGGUCAUUUACACCUUGCAAUGUGGUGCAUUAGUGUAUUUAGUGAAUUUGAAUAUUUCAUGAGAUAAAAUAUUGGGCUGGAUUUAAUUGAAUUUAUUGGGAGUUGGAUUGGAUGAUGUAAAGUUGGUGUAACUUACCACAAUGGAGCUAGAAAUUAAAGCAAUUUUGCUUAA